GGGGUCACGGUGUCUAAUCCCCCCGGAACGGUUCCUUCUGCUCGGAGCCGGCGCUCCGACUUCCUGCUAACUAAUGUCAGGAGACAGUGACUGUACCCGAACAAGCCCAUCCGUGGGGUCUCCAUCGGAUAAUGAGUUCCUGCCAGAUCGGCCAAGGUAUGUGUGCUCACUGUCUCCUGACCUUAUUGCCAAGGCUCGUGAAGAGCUGCAGGAGAAACCUGAAUGGAGGCUUCGUGAUGUGCAAGCCCUCCGAGACAUGGUGUGUAAGGAUUACCCUACUCUGGGCACGUGUCUGGACGAUGCUUUCUUGCUAAGGUUCCUUAGAGCCAGGAAAUUUGAUUAUGACCGAGCGCUUCAGCUUCUGGUGAACUAUCACAGCUGCAGGAGGAGCUGGCCUGAGGUCUUCAAUAACUUGAAACCAUCUGCAAUUAAGGCUGUCCUAGCAUCUGGCUUUGUCACUGUGCUGCCUCACUUGGACACUGAGGGACGCCACGUUGUCUGCAUUCGUCCAGACAGAUGGACACCAAGUAAUUAUCCAAUUACUGAGAACAUUCGUGCCAUAUACUUAACGUUAGAAAAACUCAUUCAGUCUGAAGAGACCCAAGUGAAUGGAAUUGUAAUCCUUGCAGACUACAAAGGAGUCAGCUUAUCUAAGGCAUCUCAUUUUGGUCCUUUUGUAGCCAAAAAAGUGAUUGGAAUUCUUCAGGAUGGUUUUCCCAUUAGAAUCAAAGCUGUCAAUAUUAUAAAUGAGCCUCGCAUAUUCAAAGGAAUUUUUGCCAUCAUCAAGCCUUUUCUGAAGGAAAAGAUAGCAAACCGGUUUUUUCUUCAUGGCUCUGAUUUGAAUUCUCUUCAUCAAAACCUUCCACAAAGGAUCCUUCCUGAAGAAUAUGGUGGCACGUCAGGAAAACUGGACAUCGCUGCCUGGAAUGAGUUGCUGCUCGCCUCAGAAGAGGAUUUUCUGCAUGACUUCUCUCAGCUGGUUCUCCCAGGUGACAGCUCACCAUCUGAAGCUCUAGUGAGUGGGGAUGCUGAGGAGAAGCAGAGUGAAGAGCCUCUGCGAGGCAUGAAACCUCAACUCUACUACUGUUAUUAA